AUGAUGCCUGGUCUGGAGCUCUUGCUGAUUGUAGUCGUGUGUUUGAUUCCCGUGGAUGAGUGCAGGAGUUCCAGCGCAGCGCGUGAGAAACGCUGGAGCGGAGCUGACACCGAGAAACGGGGAGUCCCUCUGGCAAAGAAGCCCCCAGAUGUGACCAAAUCCAGGAAGGUGAAAACAGAACAGCUGCUCAGGGUGGAUGAUCAUGACUUCACCAUGAGACCAGCUUUUGGAGGUCCUGCUAUUCCUGUGGGCGUUGACGUCCAGGUCGAAAGCUUGGACAGUAUUUCAGAAGUAGAUAUGGACUUCACAAUGACCUUAUACCUUCGACACUACUGGAAGGACGAGCGUCUGUCAUUUGCCAGCACCACGAACAAAAGCAUGACUUUCGACGGACGCUUGGUGAAAAAGAUCUGGGUGCCCGAUGUGUUUUUUGUGCACUCAAAGAGAUCCUUCAUCCAUGACACCACCACUGAGAACAUCAUGCUGAGAGUUUUCCCAGACGGCCAUGUUCUCUACAGUCUGAGAGUGACAGUUACAGCCGCCUGUAAUAUGGACUUCAGCCGCUUUCCUCUGGACUCACAGACCUGUUCUCUAGAGCUCGAGAGCUAUGCUUACACAGAUGAAGAUCUGAUGCUAUACUGGAAGAACGGGGAUGAGUCUCUGAGCACAGAUGAUAGGAUCUCCCUCUCUCAGUUCCUCAUCCAAAAAUUUCACACUACCUCUCGUCUGGCUUUCUACAGCAGCACAGGCUGGUACAACCGGCUGUACAUCAACUUCACACUGCGGCGUCACAUCUUCUUCUUCCUGCUGCAGACGUAUUUCCCAGCUACGCUCAUGGUCAUGCUGUCCUGGGUUUCCUUCUGGAUCGAUCGCAGGGCCGUGCCAGCCCGAGUCUCCCUGGGUAUCACCACGGUGCUUACGAUGUCCACUAUCAUUACUGGCGUGAAUGCCUCCAUGCCCCGAGUGUCCUACAUCAAAGCUGUGGACAUUUAUCUGUGGGUCAGCUUUGUGUUUGUUUUUCUCUCUGUCCUUGAGUACGCAGCAGUCAACUAUCUUUCCACUGUACAGGACAGGAGAGAGCGCAAACUCCGAGAGCGAGUCCGAGCACAGUCGUUGUCCUGCACAUGUGGCUUGUCCCACUCCAGGACCAUGAUGCUGGAUGGGACAUGCAGCGAGGUGGACACCAACAGCCUGGCCGGCUACACUGAUACUCCUAUGAUGCCUCAGGAGGUUGAGAAACAUGAGCACAUGGUGGUGCAUCUGUCGGUCAGCAAUGCCUCCUCGGCCACCAAGAAGAAGGGCCUGCGCAACUUCAGCAUAAUCCAGAACACACAUGUCAUUGACAUGUACUCGCGUAUGAUCUUUCCAGGAUCCUACAUCUUUUUCAACCUCAUAUACUGGUCUGUUUACUGCUGA